CUUCCCGGAAGUAGCACGCAGCAGCCGGCGAAGAUGUUUACCUUCAGUUUGACGAUGGUGCGACACGGGGAGACGCAGUACAACAGAGACAAGCUGCUGCAAGGUCAGGGUGUGGACACGCUGCUGUCGGAGACAGGCCUGCAGCAGUGUGAGGCUGUUGGACAGUACCUCAAAGACGUCCCCUUCACCUGUGUGUUCGUCAGUAACCUGCAGAGGGCCGUGCAGACGGCUGAGAUUAUUCUGAGAAACAACGCUCAUUGUGAAGGCGUGAAGAUGACUCUGGAGCCACUGCUCCGAGAGAGAGGCUUCGGCAUCGCUGAGGGUCGACACAAAGAGGACCUGAAGAACAUGGCUAAUGCUGCUGGGCAGGCAUGUCGUGAUUACACACCACCAGGAGGAGAGACAGAGGGCCAGGUGAGGCUCCGAUUCAAAAAGUUCCUCCAAGUCCUCUUCAAGCAGAUGCUGGACAAACACAGCCAGUCUGAGCCCGAUGCCUCCUCAUCGGCAGGCGGAGCGGCCGCCGCCGCCGCCGGCUCAGCCCACGACGGCCUCCAGGGAGUGACUGUUCACGCCUUGGUGGUGAGCCACGGCGCCUACAUCCGCGUCGCCGUCAGACACCUGGUGGAGGACUUGAACUGCUCGCUGCCCGCGGGGGUGAAGAUGUCGCACCUGUUCUCGCCCUGUCCCAACACGGGAGUCAGCCGCUUCCUGCUCACCGUGAGCCCGUCCGAGCCCCGGCCCGCGCUCUCCGCCGCCCGCUGUGUGUUCACCAACAGGAAGGAGCACCUGGAAAGCCUCGCUGAGGCCCAGUGAACCGCAGAAAAGCUGUCUGACGGACUAUAAACAACACGGAAGGGAAAAAGAAAAGACCUCAGUAGAGCACAGGCAACUAAACGCAGCAGGGUGGAAGUUUAAUCAGUGUUUUACUGUGGAACAACAGUCAUUAUGCAGUACUGUAUCUUUUAUGAAAUCAUUCCCUCUUAUCUGUAGAACACAAAGCACCUUGUGUGUCACUCUUUAUCUUUUAUAAUUGUAUUUUUUUUCUUUUAUCAUCUUAUACCAAAGUUAAAAUUAUUUAUUGUCUGAUCAAACACUGACAGUUGGGUUUCAGCUGAUAUUGUGCAAUAUGACAUGAGAUCACUUUAAGUUGUGGAGUGAGCGGUUUUGUACAAUCAGAGGAAUAAACAGAUAAAUAAUUUGCCUGAUCUUGUCUGCU